CACAUCAAAACCUCAAACCAAUCCUUGCACUAGCAGGAACUCAAAAGGUAGACUUGGGAGGGGUUGGAGGAAGAUAUAAAUGCUGAUAGCUGGAGACACAGAGCAACAUUGAACUGGAGAGACUUAAGGGUAGAGGAAUCAGAGACACCAAACAUGAAUCUGAAACUCCUUUUUUGCCCUGGAUUCCUUCUGCUGCUCAUUGUCAGUCAAAACCAGGCAGAGGCCAGAUCCAUUUCCAGCUUACAGAGUCUGUCCAAAUUGUUAGAUGAGGACCUGGAGCAUCCCCCGGUCUCAGAAGAGAGGGACCAUGAGCAAGAUGACCUGAUCCCAGCAGGCGUCUUUGAUCAGCAAGACACUGAACUCCAGUGGAUCCAACACACCAGGGACCAGCCCGAGAGCAUGUCCAUGGGUGAUAGUGCAAUCCGGAGAUUCUUCAGCGACCUCCUGAGUUUAUCCCGUAGAUACCAAGGCAGAAGCAAAAAAGGCCUCUCCAGGGGCUGUUUUGGUGUCAGGCUAGACAGAAUUGGGUCACUGAGUGGACUGGGAUGCUGACUCUUCGCUAUGGUAAGAGAAAGACAGAGGCUGCUGGUCUGUGUAUUCAUAUAUAACUUGCAGAAAUAUGCAAAAGAGCAGAGUUAAUUCAACUUCAAGGAAAUGGUGCCUUAAAGUAACUUUUACCCUCCUAUCACAAACACAGUUUACUAUUUCACUUUCCUCAGAAGUCACUGUCUUCAGAUAGAGACUUAAAACCUGUGAAUGCCACACCUCUGCUUUACCUGCUUUUCCUCCUUUCUCUGAGUCAGCUGUAAGCAUUUCAUCUUGUCUUAGAAGACCAGAGAGGUUUUUCACCAGCUCCUCAGGGAUACUUGUUUCAAUCCGAACAAACUCUAAGCAGAACAGUGGAGCUAAAUCUGCCACUAGAACAGUAAGAAAUCAGUUAACUUCCAUGUGUGAAAUCCUGUACAGUUCUCUUUCUAUUACUUAUUCCUCUUCUUUAUUGACAGGACUGACUUCGGGGUUUCAAAGCACCUCUUGCCUUUUAGUGAGAUAUUCAGCUCUUUUUCAUAUUGGCCUCACCAAUCCAUCUACUACAUGAUGUACUGAGCAAAUGCAGCCACCUCUCCCCUGACAUACUUGGCCAACAGAACACACCUUUGCUGUACUGCCUGUUUGUAUCAGUUAUUUGUGAACAUCUAUCUGAAAAUUAAUUACAGAAAACUACAUUUGUACUGUUUGUUUACUGAAUGUAUAAAUAAACAAGUCUCAUUAUGUCACAGAUAAUAAACUGUUUUCCAUAAUGUAACGAA